AUGACCAGCUGUGGCAGCCAGAUUGCGUUUGGCUGCUACCAGCCAUACGUUCUCCAGGGACCUACCACCCGCACCUGCCAGCUGAGUGGCAAGUGGGAUGGUGUACCACCUGUCUGCACAUUGGUCUCGCCUUGCAAGAGUGGCUUCCAGCCAUGUCGUGAUGGUACCUGCCUGGCCUCAUCCAAGUUCUGCAAUGGCGUUUUCUUUGAGUGUCCCGACAAGACAGACGAAUAUCAAUGCGGCACGAUUGGACCCAUUCAACUGCAGUGCCAGUCUGGCUACCUGCCCUGCCUGCGUUCCAGUGGCUGUAUCCUGCCAUCACAGCGAUGCGACGGUGUUUUGUACGACUGUGCUGAUGGCUUUGAUGCACAGUACUGCCCAGGCAAGGUCACACCAGCUCCAGGUCAAACCGACUGCCAGGUCUUGUUACCACCGGCACUGGGCUCAAUGACCGUAAACGGCUUGAUGCUCAGCAACACGACCACGUUUGUGUGCACAUCUCCCUAUGUCCUUAUGGGCUUGGCCGUGCGUACUUGUGAAAUCAACGGCCAGUGGAGCGGUGUGCAGCCAACUUGCGUCCUGACGACUGCUGCUCUGAGUGCGGCCAGUGACGAGCUAGUCAAGGACUUUGUCUCAGAACGCAUGACACAAACGUGUAAGCCUAGUAUUGCUUCAUAA